AUGGUAUUUGCCUUUAUCGACGAAGGUUCUUCAGAAACGUUGCUGGAACAUUCAACUGCUAAAAGUUUGGGUUUGUCCGGCCCAAAAGAGCCGCUUGUUCUACAAUGGACAGGAAGUGUAACCCGUGAAGAAUAUCAUUCCCAACGGGUACAGCUGAAAAUAUCUGUAAAGGACAGUUCCUCCUAUCACGAUCUAAUAAAUGUGCGCACAGUCAGCCGCCUUACACUCCCGACACAAACGCUGAGAUAUCAAGAAAUGGCUAAGCGUUUUCCACAUUUACGUGGCUUGCCAAUAAAAGAUUACACUGCAGCGCAACCAAAACUAUUGAUCGGACUAAAUAAUCUCGGUUUAUGUGUUCCCAGAAAACUACGAGAAGGCAGUCCUCAUGAACCCAUCGUUGUGAAGUGUCAACUUGGUUGGAGCAUUUAUGGCGGGUUCUCAGCUGAUCCAGCCCAACGCAUGACGGUCAACUUUCAUACAGUAGCGUCCUCUACCCCCGAUCAGUUAUUGAAUGAACAAUUACGUGACUAUUUCACCAUCGAAAAUAACAUGGUGGUCCCUCCGCUAGCGCAGCUCGAGUCCGAUGAUGAUAAACGGGCUAGAAUUCUACUAGAAACGACAACACAGCGUGUUGGACGGCGCUUCGAAACGGGUCUUCUCUGGAAGUCCGAUGUUAUAGAGUUUCCCGACAAUUACAGCAUGGCUUUGCGCCGUUUACAGUCUCUGGAGCGAAAACUACAGAAAGAUCCUGAACUUGAGGCUCUAGUACGACAACAGAUAAGAGAUUAUUUGAAAAAGGGCUAUGCACACAAAGCCACAAACGAGGAAAUAUCAUCCAGCGAUAGCAGGCGGGUUUGGUACCUCCCUCUGGGAGUUGUGAUUAACCCAAAAAAACCCAACAAAAUCAGGCUAAUCUGGGAUGCUGCCGCAACAUUUAACGGGGUCUCGUUCAACUCCAAGAUUCUCAAAGGUCCAGAUCUCUUAACGCCUCUGCCCGCUGUGCUCACGCGUUUUCGACAACAUCCAAUAGCAAUAAGUGGAGACAUACGAGAGAUGUUUCACCAAAUCAGGAUACAGAAAAAUGAUCAGCAGUCACAACGAUUCCUGUGGAGGGAGAACUCAUCUGAACCACCUCAGAUCUACGUGAUGGAGGUUGCAACGUUUGGGUCCACGUGUUCCCCAGCGUCAGCCCAAUAUAUAAAAAACGUCAAUGCCCAAGAGUUCGCUAAUGAAUAUCCUCGGGCAGCAGAGGCGAUCCAGAAAAACCACUACGUGGAUGACUACCUGGAUAGCUUCCAGAAUAUGACUGAGGCGAUUCAGGUAGACAAUGAAGUUAAAUUAAUACACACGAAAGGCGGAUUUGAAAUCCGAAAUUUUCUUUCAAAUUCGACUGAAGUUUUACGAGGAAUCGAUGGACUAUCAUCAGAAAGCACAAAAAAACUGCUAUUGAUGCGGGGUGAUUACACAGAAUCGGUACUCGGAAUGAAAUGGAUUCCAUCGGAAGAUGUUUUCACAUACACAUUCGCCCCUCGAGCUGACCUGGAACAUGUCUUCGUCGAUGGAUACAUUCCCACAAAACGGGAAGUGUUGAAGGAUGCUUGGACCUGUAAACUCGGUUGGGAUGAUCCGAUAGGUGACAGCCUUUUGGCGCGCUGGAAACAAUGGAUUGGACUCUUCAACACGCUUCCUCUUCUACGAAUACCUCGCAGUUACUUCCAGGCUGAUUCUCCAAUGAACUUCAAUGACCUCCAGUUGCACGUUUUUGUAGACGCCAGCGAGUCUGCGUAUUCGUGUGUUGCGUACUUCCGGUUGAAAAUUAACGAUCACAUCAACGUAGCGAUGGUAGCGGCCAAGACAAAGGUAGCUCCUGUAAAAUCACUCUCCAUUCCUAGACUGGAACUAAAGGCCGCAGUCGAAGGAAGUCGCUUGCUUGACUCAGUCAAAAGAUACCACACCCUGCCGAUUGCAAAAUCCUUUCUGUGGAGCGAUUCUAAGACUGUUCUAGCUUGGAUACAGUCUGAACAUCGUCGAUAUCACAAGUUCGUCGCCGUACGCGUAGGAGAAAUACUAUCGUCGAGCGAGGUGAACGAUUGGCGAUGGGUGCCCUCCAAAUUUAAUCCAGCCGACGAAGCUACAAAGUGGAAGAACGGAUCCAACAUCAAUACAAAUAAUUCUUGGUUUCAAGGGCCUAGUUUCUUGAAAAAAGAUGGAAAGUUUUGGCCAGAUCAACUACAAAUUUUCACCACACAAGAAGAAAUACGUUCCGUCCUUCCACAUUGGGUAGCCGUUUCCAUCGUAAAUCCGUCAAGAUUCAGUAAAUGGACGAUGAUGCUGAGAUCAUUAGCAUUCGUAUUCCGUUAUGUUCAAAACUUGAGACGGAAAAUAAAAGGAGAUCAACAAGUUUUCGGAGUUCUCACUCAAGACGAAUUGGAGAAGGCGGAACAGCUUCUUUGGAAAAUAGCUCAACACGACGUCUUCCAGGAAGAAAUUUCAGUACUGAUCGAAACCCAGGGAUCCCCAGAUCGCCAGCACCGCACGGUGGCUAAGUCGAGCAGAAUUUACAAACGAUGGCCUUUCCUCGAUCAAAACGGCGUUCUCAGAAUGCGUGGGAGAUUGGGCACUGCACCACAUGUGCCAUACGAAGCUAAGUACCCUACGAUUCUCCCUCAUCAACAUAGGAUAACAUUUCUCCUUGUAGAUUGGUUCCACUGCCACUUCCAUCAUGCCAACCGGGAAACUAUUACCAACGAACUAAGACAACGUUUCGAAAUUCUCAAGCUUCGUGCCCUCAUAAGUCGUGUGGCGCGAAGGUGCUGUUGGUGUCGAGUGAUGUAA